AAAUCCAAAGACAAAACACACAGAUGUGUGUGUAAGUGUGUGAGAGAGAAAAGGGAAAAUAGUUAGUUGAAACAAAUUUGUGUCAGCUGUAGAGAUAUCUACGUUCCGAAACCAAUGGCUAAUACUACUCCCAAUAUUACAAACUCCGUUGGUAUCGGAAUCCGAAUCCGGACCAAAAUCCGACCCGCAUCCACUUCCAUGGCGGCUACUCCGGCGGCUUUAUCGACCGGUCACUGCAUUCCGACCGGUUUGCUCGUUAUCAACUCCGGUACGAGUCGACGGGGAGGAGCUGCUCGAGUUGACUCAGUUAAUGGUCACUUGACUCGCAGCCGUGCGUCCUCGUUUUCGAUUCGAGCUGCGGCGGAGGUGGAACCGGUCGGAACUAGUUCUUCAGCUCAGGGUAUUGAAAACUUGGUAAUAAUAGGAUCAGGUCCUGCUGGAUAUACAGCAGCAAUUUAUGCAGCUCGGGCUAAUUUGAAGCCUGUAGUGUUUGAGGGGUUUCAAGCUGGUGGUGUGCCAGGAGGACAGUUGAUGACAACAACUGAAGUAGAAAACUUUCCUGGAUUUCCUGAGGGGAUAACUGGACCUGACUUAAUGGAUAGGAUGAGGCGACAAGCUGAGAGAUGGGGAGCUGAAUUGUAUCAGGAAGAUGUGGAAUUUAUUGAUGUAAAGAAUGCUCCCUUUACUGUCCACAGUAGUGAACGUAAGGUAAAGUGUCAUAGCAUUAUUGUGGCUACUGGAGCCAAUGCAAGAAGGUUGGGAUUACCCCGUGAAGAUGAAUUUUGGAGCAGAGGAAUUAGUGCCUGUGCAAUUUGUGAUGGAGCAUCACCACUUUUCAAGGGUCAGGUCCUUGCUGUUGUUGGAGGUGGUGAUACAGCUACAGAGGAAGCAAUAUACUUAACAAAGUAUGCGCGCCAUGUUCAUUUACUUGUCCGUAAGGACCAACUAAGAGCAUCAAGAGCAAUGCAAGACAGAGUUUUCAACAAUCCAAACAUCACUGUGCAUUUCAACACUGAGACUGUGGAUGUCGUCAGCAACCCAAAAGGCCAGAUGUCGGGAAUUUUGAUCAGAAAAGCUGAUACUCAGGAAGAAUCUGUGCUCGAGGCAAAAGGCUUGUUUUAUGGCAUAGGUCAUUCACCAAAUAGUCAACUGUUGGAAGGCCAAGUUGAACUUGAUAACUCGGGCUACAUAUUGGUCAAGGAGGGCACAGCAAACACAUCUGUGGAAGGUGUAUUUGCAGCUGGAGAUGUCCAGGAUCAUGAAUGGAGGCAAGCCAUCACUGCAGCUGGCUCAGGAUGUGUAGCUGCUCUAUCAGUUGAGAGAUAUCUGACAAGCAAAAAUCUUCUUCUUGAAUUCCACCAGCCCCCUACUGAAGAAGUUAAGAAGGAACUCUCCGAGAAAGAUGUACAAGAAGGUUUUGAUAUAACACUUACAAAGCACAAGGGCCAGUAUGCAUUACGGAAAUUGUACCAUGAGAGCCCAAGGCUUAUGUGUGUGCUGUAUACAUCACCAACAUGUGGUCCAUGUAGGACCUUGAAACCGAUUCUUAGCAAGGUCAUAGAUGAAUUUGACAAGGAUGUCCACCUUGUUGAAAUUGAUAUUACUGAAGAUCCAGAGAUUGCUGAGGCAGCUGGGAUUAUGGGUACUCCAUGUGUACAGUUUUUCAAGAACAAGGAGAUGCUCAGGACGGUAUCAGGUGUUAAAAUGAAGAGAGAGUAUAGAGAGUUUAUUGAAGCAAAUAAGUGAAGGCUUGCUUCUUUGUUAAUUAUUUGUACAACUUCCUUUUUUUUUUACCCUUCACGAAGUUUUACUUAUUUUUUUUAAUGCAUGGUACCCAAAUCAAUUUUGUUCAGAAUGGUUGAUUGAGUAACAGCCCAAUACCUUGUAUUAGCUUUAUUAAUACGUAGAAGUCAUAAAUCAAAUGUACCUUGUGUCUCAAAUUUAAAAAGUA